AUGGUUCUCUCUUUCAUCCUGAUUCAGAACAGGCAGGGCAAAACUCGUCUGGCCAAGUGGUACGCGCCAUAUAAUGAUGAUGAGAAAGUGAAGCUAAAGGGCGAGGUCCACCGACUUAUCGCCCCUCGUGAUCAAAAGUAUCAGUCCAACUUUGUGGAGUUCCGUCGCAGCACAAAGAUCGUUUACAGACGUUAUGCAGGUCUAUUUUUCUGCGUCGGCGUCGAUGCGAAUGACAAUGAAUUGGCGUAUUUGGAAGCCAUACAUUUCUUUGUGGAGGUCCUCGAUCAGUUUUUCGGCAAUGUCUGUGAGCUUGAUUUGGUAUUCAAUUUUUACAAGGUUUAUGCCAUUCUCGACGAAGUGUUUCUCGCCGGCGAGAUUGAAGAAACGAGCAAACAGGUUGUGCUAACGAGAUUGGAGCACUUGGAUAAACUUGAAUGA